AUGUAAGCUGCUUUGGCUGAAGCAAUUAAAGAGGAAUAAUUUAUGUUGUGUUUCAAAGAAAGCAAAGAAUAAGCUCACUUUCAAUUAUGUAUGGAUCUAUUUGAAAGAAGUAAAGCAAUUUCUUAAAGGGCAUUCGUCAGGUAUGUCAGAUCAAGAAAAUAGUGA